GACUUCCCAUUCAAAAUCAGCGCGCCGCGUGUCGCACUUGGUCCCCCGGCAACCAAAAACCGAAUAACCAUCCCAGAUAUUAACCAGACCCCAGUUCCCAGAUCCAAGUCAAAGCCCCGACCCAACGUAACCCCGAGCAGCGCGGUGCAGUGAAGUCCCCAGACUCCAAACCCACAUUGUAACAGAAAGUAAAGCUAGCCCGAAGUCAAUUUUUUUGCUGUGCGAAGCGAGACAAAGAAGAGUGCCAAAGACCAAAGUUAAAGAGGCCGCCGAGCGAGGACGAGGAUUACCAACCCAAGGAAGGAGCCGAGGUCCUAGGAAACCAAUGCGAAGAUGUGCCACAACUCGGGGAUCGUGGAGAAAGGCAACGAGCAGCAGAUCGAGCGCUAUAUGGCCUGCGGAAUGCCCUCGAAGGCGGUGAAGAGUGUCAAGUACACGCUGAAGAAGCGCGAGAGGAAGGAGCGGCAGAGGAAGGACCUCCAGAGGGAGCAGCAGCUCCUCGAGGAGCUCGAACUGAGCAGCAGCAGCGGCAGCGACUCCUCCUCGAACGCCGGCAGCGACAGCGAGGACAGCGAGGACAGCGGCGUCACCGAGACCCUCGUGGAGUCCCCGUCAGCGGCAGAGAAGACCGCUCCCAGUCCCAAAGUGAGCAGCAGCACCAGCACCACCAGCAGCAGCAGUACCUCCUCCUCCACACCGAAAAGUGAACUCCUGCGAUUCUGCCCAAGAUUUCGGAAACUGCAGCAGGAGCAGCAGCAGCAGAUGCUCCGCGAGAUGGAGCUGCAGGAGGAGGAGUCGGUGGACACCAACGCCGCCACGGCAGCCGCUUUGAAGGCCCAGCAGCAGCGCAAGCUGAGCUCCAUGGAACCGUCGAUGGACGACGCCCUGGCCAUUGGCACCCAGAUGACGCGACAGGUGUCCGAGCGAAUCACCUGCCUGGUGGCGCAGCUACAGGCCAGUCGCCUUUACACAAUUCUGACGCGAACAACACAACCAGCGCACUUGAUAGCCGUUUGCAUAUUGGCCUUUGUGCUGAUGACUGUGGGACGCGACCUCAUCGACCCAACGACAACAGUGGAAACCGCAACAGCAACAGCAGCAUCUGCAGCACCUGCAACAGCAGCAGCAACAUCGACGCGAACGGCCACGGGCGGCGUUUUGGCGGCCUUGGUGUUCCUGGGGGCCUUUGCCACCCACUUUGGGUCGCAGAUCUGGAUGACAUUUGUCUCGGGUCUCUCGCUGUAUUUCUCGCUGCCCCGCCACGUCUUCGGACAGUGCCAGCAGAUCCUGUUCCCGCGCUACUUCGCCCUGAACGCCGUGCUCAGCCUGACGAUGCUGGUGGUGUACGCCAAGUACUUCCUGAGCGGCUGGACGACGUCGGCCGGCAUCCAGAUGGGAUCGCUGGCCCUGGCGGCGGGCAUCGAGGUGGUGGUGCGGCUGUACCUGGUGCCACCCAUGCUGCAGCUGAUGCACGAGAAGUACAGGAUCGAGGACGCGAUCGGCAGCGGCCAGGAGGUGGGCAGCCUCGUCCAGGGCGACCUCGUCGACUGCCCGCACUACCAGCGCAUCCACAAGGGCUUCCGGCGCAUCCACAUGACCAUCGCCAUCGGCAACAUGACGGUCAUGCUGACCACCUGCCUGCAGCUGUAUUUUCUGGCAUCGAAAAUACGCCUCAGCUAAGGCAGGGCGAUCGGAGCGGAGAAGAAUUUAUAGAUUAGGAUAGCCACCCCCAUACCACGCAUCACACAUCAACCACUGUAUUUCCAUGUUCGAUAAUUGUCUCAAAUUUGUUUACUGCUCAUUGAACCAUUGAUCCUUGGACGCCCUCCUCCGCCCCACGCAUUAAAAAUAUUAUUUUCUCCCGAGGACGCCUCGUUUUCUGCGGCCUUUCAAUCUGAUUUCCUGUGAUAAACUCAGCCCGCCCCACACACCACCCCAAGCACCCAGCCACCCACAGGCCCCGCGCGAACCACAGCACAUUUAGCCCAUAGUCGAUAGCCAAUAAUUUACACGGAGUUAUUAAUUAAUAGCCUAUUGAUAAAUAAUUAUACGGUUUUUUUUCUCGAGCGAGAGCACGCAAAUCCAUUAAUAUCUUCUGUUAUUUAUUAAUCCAUCGAAAACUGUGCCUUUCUCUGCUUUAAGUGCGCAUGUUUAGUGAAUGUAAUUUAUAAUUAAACAAAAGGAAAACAACAAAAGAAAACAAACAAAAAACCAAAAAAUUCAAAAACCAAACAAAAAAUAAAAGCAAAUACAUGAAAUCAAUACAAGUAUCUAAGCAAGGUCGAUGUGUAAAAUUGAAA